AUGUCUGGGGCGCAAUAUGGGGAGCGUGGGGGAGAGCGCUCUGUCUCACAGACCAACAACCUCUUUGCCGACAAUCACCUGUCCCAUCACUCGCUCCAGCAAUCCGGCAUUGGAGGCUUCCCUCUCGAAUCCGACUCUCUUCCUUCAUCAUCUCCAAGGCGCGUACAUUUCCUUCCCGACCACGCGAAGACCUCAUCGUCGUCAUCCUCGAACGCCCAAUCUCUCACCUCCACCGGCACGCUAGACUCCAAUCUGGAUUUCUCAUCCACCGACACCACCGUUCGGCAGGGAAUGCUCUCCCAAUCGAUUUUCCCCACAUGGAAAGAUGACGCCGGAGGCGCCGACAUGAGCAGUCCGGAAGAUAUGCAGCGGAAAGAUCCAUUGUAUACGCAAAUAUGGAAGCUCUACAGUCGGACCAAGGCGCAACUGCCGAAUUCCGAACGCAUGGAGAAUCUAACCUGGCGGAUGAUGUCCAUGAACCUCAAGAAGAUGGAAUUGGAACGCCAAGGGCUCGCUCGCAACGGGACCACACCCUCCACUGCAGCCGGCUCCGGCAAACCCACAGCUAAACUGAGCGUAACCAGCGCGCCCAGCGGGAUUGCUCAAUUGCGGAAGGCAUCCGACCAGCAUGUCCCUCAGGCUGAGCCCAUGAACUUGGACGACUUUAUCAUUUCCUCUUCGGUUGGGUCACCUGCAGGACUGCCACCAUCACCUGGUUCAGAGGGCAAAGCUGCGCAAGCGUCCUCGCACUCGAUCGCUUCCGCCAUCCCCAUCAGAAGGCAGCAACAACUUCAAGAUACCGAUUUCCAUCUAGCUCAUGCUUCUGCUCCUGCGUUACCGCCGAACGUCCGGAAGGACGAGGAGUUUGGCUAUGUCCAUCGCCACGUCCGCAAGACCAGCAUCGAUGAACGUAGGCCUCGAAAACGACCGGCGGAAAGCUCACCGCAGGUGUUCCCUGUUCAUAACGUCAUGAUCCCCGACGAAGCCAACUCGGAAGCUGCCAUGGGCGACUAUUCCCUUGACCAGCAGCAGCCGCACGGCUUGGCAAUCAAUUCCUUGGAAAGGCAAAUUUCCCAGGUUCCUUUCGACAUCCAUACAUCCUUUGGACUCGACCAUGACCCUAUCAUGAAUUCAGCGGGCCCGAUUCAACAACACUUCGCCUUCUCGCCCGUGGGUUCUCCGGCCACCAACGCCCCUUUCAAUGUCUAUAACCAAACCGCCAUGGGAUCAUCCUUGAAUUCCGCCGACUAUUAUUCUCCGCCAGGAUCCACCUAUCCUUCUGCCGCAUCGACACCACAGCCUCUCGCCGACGGGGAACAUAUGUAUUUUGACCGCAACGGUAUGGACAUCCGCACGGGACGUAUGGCUAGUGGAUUCGGGCAGUAUCGUCCGUCCAACCUUUCCAAUCCCGUGCCGGCACCGUACAUGUUCGAUCCGCAAAGCGAAAACAUGUUUAGUGCGAUGAGCGCAUCUUCGUCCAUGUCGAACUUUCAGGCGCAUUCGUUCCCAGGCUCUGCCCACGUCGAGCCGAACCAGGUGUUCCACCACGAUUUUGCGAAUCAGCGCGUAUUGCCGCAACAUCCGCCUCGAAAUGCGGAGCUUUUCACCUUUGGCGGCGACGAUGAAGAGAACGACGAAGAAUCAGGAGACGCUUUCGCGGACCGCACGCUCGCAAUCCCCCAUGACUAUAUUAUGGAUGACCCUAGCAUGGAGCUCAACGCCGGACUGCAAUGGGAAACUAAUCUGACCAACCAAUUCAAUCCCACUCCGGCGCGUUACCCGGCGGGGCCUCCGCGAAAAUCGGUCACCAUAGGACCGACCGAGAUGAUGCCGUCUCCGCAAGAAUGGACCGCUGGAGGAUCCAAUAUGGGACGCUCCCAAGGGUCGGCAGUGUCUGUGAGUGAUAUGCGGAAUCGAAGCAACGAUCCGCGCCGUCAGCAGAAGAUCCCCCGCACCUCCUCCACGCCCAACGCCGCAGCGUUGGCUGGUCACCUUCAGCAUAUCCAUCAGCGUCCGCAAUCUUCUCCCUCAUCACCACCCGAGUCCGGCUUCAGUUCUGCGGCUCCGUCGCGGCCAGGCUCGCCAGGAGGAAGUAAACCCGGAGACCAAAGUGGCCCGCCAACGACCUGCACGAAUUGCUAUACCCAAACGACUCCAUUGUGGCGUCGGAACCCAGAAGGGCACCCGCUUUGCAACGCUUGUGGUCUGUUCUUGAAAUUACACGGCGUUGUGCGUCCGCUUUCGCUCAAGACGGAUGUCAUCAAGAAACGAAAUCGGGGUAGCAACAAUACGAUGCCAGCGGUGGGAUCCGCAUCCACCCGGUCGUCGAAGAAAUCCUCCCGUAAGAACUCCAUUGUCCAAACCCCCGCCGCUACCCCACGAGCCGCGAACGAGUCCGAGUCCCCCAAAUCUGGCACUGGUGGCCCUCUCACCAGUACAUCAGCAAACUCUACCGCGAUGGGAGCGACCGCGGCCGCCAACAGCGCAAAGCCCGGCGUCGUACCCAUUGCCCCUGGACCACCAAAGCCGCAGCAGGCGGGUGCUGGCGCGGUUCCCUUGCGCGGCCUCAACAUGGGCCCCAAACGAUCCCGCCGGCACAGCAAAGUCGGCUCCCAAGACAUCGACAUGGAAUCGGCGGACGACACCGCCGGUAGGGCACCGGGUGGCCUCACGCAACACCCACACGCGGCUAUCGCUCAGGGUCGGAGACGGGAUCACAGCAUCGCCCAAUCGCAUGGAAUGGUGUCGCAGCCGCCGAUGACGGUCAAUAUGGCGAAUAUCACGCAAACGCCGCUGGUUGGAGCGCCGGCUGGGCCACAGGAAUGGGAAUGGUUGACGAUGAGCUUGUAG